AUGGAUUCUGCCCCUAAAACCAUCGCCUUCUUCGGGGCUAGCAACGGAGUGGGCUUAGCUGCUCUCCAGCACAGUUUGGCCGCGGGCAUACAAUGCACUGCGCUCUGCAGAACACCAUCCAAGCUCGAAACCAUCUUUCCUGCAGAUUCGACCCCGAAUCUCAGAAUUAUCCAAGGCAAUGCCCAUGACAUUCAAGCCGUUUCCGACUGCAUUCGCACCGACGAUGGCAAUCUCGUUGACAUGAUCAUCACUACUCUCGGUAGUCGACCAGUCAUGCCGACCUUGAGACUGGAAGAUCCAAAGUGCUGUCGCAAAGGUGCCGCCACUCUAACAGAGGCAAUCUCUCAACUUCGAAAUCAGGGCGCAGUGGGGAAACCCUACAUUGUGCUCUUCAGUACUACAGGGAUUUCGCGAUACGGACGCGACUAUCCUCUGGCCUUGUUUCCGAUCUACGGUUGGCUUCUAAAGGAGGCUCACACAGACAAGGAGAUCACGGAGCAGUGCAUCAUGGAGAGUGGAGAGGCCUUCACGAUCGUUCGAGGCAGUCUUCUCACGAACGGGGAAACGGAGAAGGCCGUCAGAGUUGGCAUCGAAGAUCCGCAGACUGGCCGCGAGUCGUGUGCGAUUGGAUACUUCAUCUCGAGGGAGGACUCUGGGAGGUGGGUUGCGGAGAAUCUCAUCAUGAAGAAACCCAAAGAAUAUGAGAACAAGAUUCUCAUGAUCACGACGUGA